CCAAAAGAUCUGGCCCCUCCAGUGACUCACAAACGUCACAAAAGUACCUCUGAUCUUCGAGAGUCAUCGGAGCAACAAAUAAAUUUGUUAAUGAGUAGUCCAACAUAUCAGAACCCGGACCGUUAUCCGUUUGUUUUCUCAAACCUUUACAGCUUCUCUCCCAAGAUACCUUCUUUCAGAUGCAAUGGCUGACCUCCGGUGUGCCCUUCAACAAUAAAUUGCAGCAUCUACGGAACUAACAAAUAGUUUGGUCGUUAUGCCGGACGAUUUGAUCAAGCCUGGAUGCCUAUUUGGAACAUGGCCCUAUACUUCUCCUCACGGAUUGUGUUUUCUUUUGGAUACUAUUCUCCAUGGACACAGAAUGCCUUCCGGGCGUGGUUGUUUGGAGCGGUUCAGCCAUGAACUCGUCACAUCCAUCCUUGGGAUUUGGAAAGCUAACGUAGUGGAUUUCCUUCUUACCACGUUUGUUACAGUCUGGAUCCAUGAGGAGCUAUUGGACUGUUGCCAAAUGGAUCGGGAAACGGCCCUUGAAUUGGACUGGAGUGUUUACCCAGAACGGAGACUGGACGCAGAGGCCUCAAAUUGGACUGGUAUCUUUUCCAAAUUGAAUUCGGGAUACGGGACCCUAAAAUUGGACUGGACCCUAUGCCUGGCUUUGGAAUAUUUUCUUAUGUCAACUUUCCUAUUGUUGCUGUUACAGCGGACCAUUUCUUAUGUUACUUUCCUAUCGUUACAGCGGUCCAUUUUUAUGUUAUCUUACUAUUGUUACAGCGACCUGUUUUUAUGUUGUUUUCCUAUCUUCACAGCGGACCAUUUCUCAUGUUCACUUCUUUUGUCAUCAAGUUAUGGGUUUGUAGACGGAGUUUGGUGUCUUAGAGAGGAAGAAUUUGUAACAACAUGUAUUUGAAGGAUUCGCAUUUUUCGGUAAUCAUAGGGAACGGAGUUCAUGUUUUUGAAUUUCAGCAUCUCCAUUGAGUGCCGCGUUGGAAGGGAAUGUUCAUGGCCAUCGUUACCCAACGAUCUGCCUACAGUUCCUGCCACUUGACCGCUACAAUCAUAUAUACCCGCAUAUACUUUGGUUCGUUCGAUUAUGGAUUUUUGGGUUUGGAUUUGGAUUUGGAUUCUCGGAUUACCACUACCACGGCCUUCUUUUUUAAUGCAAUAUUCUGUUUUUGGGGAUUGGUUCACAACUUUACACACUUCUCCUGCAACAAACAAAGCUGUCUUUUGGAACUGA